CCUCCAUCGCGUUGCCCGAAACCCCGCGGUGUUUGCUCGUCUCUCCUUCGUCUUCCUCUCAACUCACGAUAUCGAAACCCUAGAAUGGAUUCAGUGGGAAGCCAUGGAUGGUGUCAAGCAUGGGAUCACGCAACUAUCUUCGUCCUCCGGCCCCUUCUCGCCGUCUCCUUCGUCUUCUCCUUGAUCCUCCUCAGUUGGUUUGUGGCUUGGAAGACGGUGCUGGUGCACGUUCCUUUGGUGCAGGAGAUAUUUGGUCUUCGGAAGAAGCCCGCGAAACCGAAGCCUCCCUCUCGUCACCGUCUCUCCCGCUUCUACAACUCUACUGGCGUUCAUAGCAAGAGCAAGUUGGAUGGAGAAAAAAAUUCUCAAGAAUCCCGUCAAGAUUCUUAACUCCAGUGAUGUUCAAUGAGAUGAGAAGCAUGAACACUUUUACUGCAGCGCAGUAUGCAUGCAUGGAUCCGGGAAAGAUGGGCUUGUGUUCACUUGGGCUGGCAAAUGGCAGAACACAAUGAAGUGCUGUCUGUGUACUUGUUGUUCAUUUUCACUCUAUUUCUGCUGUGAUUUCAAGCAACAAUGCUUGUCCUUUUGUUAGAUUAUUGAGCCUAAAGAGGCUGGCAAAAGAGAGAGAAAAAACUAAAGA